AUGUCGAAAACCGCUCAGAAACGUCUGCUUAAGGAGCUCCAACAGUUAAUCAAAGAUUCUCCACCGGGUAUAGUGGCUGGUCCCAAAUCAGAGAAUAAUAUAUUCGUUUGGGACUGUCUAAUUCAAGGGCCUCCUGAUACGCCAUACGCUGAUGGCGUUUUUAAUGCUAAGCUAGAAUUCCCAAAAGACUAUCCAUUAUCUCCCCCUAAACUUACGUUCACACCCAGCAUACUACAUCCAAAUAUUUACCCAAAUGGGGAAGUGUGCAUAUCCAUUCUACACUCCCCCGGUGAUGAUCCUAACAUGUACGAGUUAGCGGAAGAAAGAUGGUCGCCGGUACAAAGCGUAGAGAAAAUCCUGUUAAGUGUUAUGAGCAUGCUGAGUGAGCCCAAUAUCGAAAGUGGUGCCAACAUCGAUGCUUGCAUCUUGUGGAGAGAUAAUAGACCUGAGUUUGAGAGACAGGUAAAGUUGUCUAUUUUGAAAUCAUUAGGAUUCUGA